UGCCGCAUCUCCGAGCUGCAUGCACGUCGUGCGUGCUUUGUCAUCACGCAAGGCACGGUUUGGGUUUGCAAACACGAUAUAUAAUUCUUCCUCGGUGCCGGAGCUGAAGCGACGAGCAGAGGAGGAGACGCGGGCCGCGGGGGGAGGGGCCAUUUAAGAAGAAGAAGAAGAAUCCCAAUUCACCCCGGAUGGAUUUAAAGACGUUGUCGCGGACAUUUCGAGGAUGCGCGCUAUGCUGUUGUGCUCGUGGGACGUACGGUGGGAGGCAGUGAGGGGAACGUCCGGGAUACAAACACACGGGCUGAACGGGAUGCCCGCGUGACUGCAGGGACGAAAGAGGUGGAGGAGGAGUGGGGAAGGGUGAUCUAGGUGCGGGUGUAGACCACCGCAAGAAAAAAAGAAAAAAUUUGGAGUUGUGGAAGAUCGAAACCUGCGAGGAAAUAAUCGUUUUGCCCGGUUUCUGUUUUUGGUGCGAUUUGAGGAAGCCGUUGAGUAGAUGUAUUUCCUGUUCACGUCGAGGUGACGAACCGGUGAUCUCUGGGCUGCGAUCUCCACGCCACCUUUUUUUUUCUUAUCCUUUGUAGGACGAGGACCGCGACGUAAGGUCGCGGAAAGGUGGCGCGCACAUGUUCGGACGCUGCUCUUCCUGAUUGGACACACGGACCGACUCGUUAGCGUCGGAUCUGCUGAAGGGAGGAGGGGGGUUAACGAUCGGGAAUCAGCUGCUUUUCUGUGUGGGAUGCUUUCAAUGUGAGGCCUGUUCCGGGUCUCCAGUUACUGCAAUGCCACCGGCGGGAGGAGGGAGAGGUGGGAUUUUAGGCCCCUGUGUCACUGGUAGUGGCCUGUGAACUGCAGGCUGUGAAGAGAGACACUAUUAUUGGCUGAAGCUAACCCUGUCAUGGCUGCAACCUAAAAUGAGGUGAGUACGGUGGCUGCGAGUGUGUAGCCGCUGCUCAAUUUCUCAACUUUCUGCUGACAAGGUUCUUGGACCCACUCACUGGACCACAGUGCGCACCAUGGGGCGUUGGACAGAACCUAUGACACCUGCCAGUGGCGAGCUUGGUGCAUAAUUGGGAGUCAAGCUCUGGAAACCGGCAUUUAUGUCUCUCCCUCUUCUACUUGCUUGCACUUCGGCCCACACAAAUUGAAACUUUGUUUUAUGAACCCAGAAUAAGCUUGAAACCUCGCCCGGUCACCUCCUCCACACACACACACACACACACACACACGCAUGCCAACGAGCCUGGCAUGCCUUCGCCGUCAGACUCCAGCAGCGUGGCUUCGGCCUCGGGGUCUCGCGGCUGGUCGGACAGCCGCAGGGGCAUGUCGGGCCGGGGGCCCGGCGGGGCACGCCUGCUACUGUACCUCGGCCUGUGCCACCUGGGCCUGGGGGCCAUGGUCCUGGCCUUCUCUUUCACCAGCAUGGCCUUCACCUCCUCUGCCCGCGUCAGGCAGUCCUGUCCAUUCUGGGCCGGCUUCUUUGUGGUAGCAUCAGGGAUAGUUGGGAUAAUCUCAUGGAGGAGACCUCUGACGCUGGUGGUGUCCCUGUUCAUGCUGCUGUCCGCAGUGUGUGUGAUCCUCAGCCUGGCCGGCUCAAUGCUCUCCUGUCAGAAUGCACAGAUGGUCAAGUCUAUGCUCACUUGCCAGGUGGAGAAUGGUCUGUGUGUGUGUUGUGCGCCUCCUCACUCCUGCUCCAUCACAGAGGAGGACACCCUGGUCCUCUACCUGAAUGCUGACUGUCACUCAGUCAGACACCAGCUAAAGGACCUUCUGUUCAGUGCAUGUGGUCUCAGCAUUCUCUCCACCAUCAUCUGCACUCUGUCCACUGUGACCUGCAGUAUCCACAUCUUCUCUCUGGACCUUGUGCACCUGCUGGCUCCACAUCGCUCUCGUUCAGUCAACCCAGAAUGCACCACUCCUCAGGAUGCCUUCCUGACCAACAUCAUGGACUUUGAGGAGUUUGUCCCACCUAUCCCUCCGCCCCCCUACUACCCUCCUGAGUACACGUGCAGCUCUGAAACAGAUGCUCAGAGCAUCACCUAUAAUGGCUCCAUGGAGAGCCCCGUUCCGCUCUACCCCACUGACUGCCCCCCUCCCUAUGAAGCUGUGAUGGGACAAAGAGCUGCAAGCCAGGCCACAGUGUUCGACCCCCUCGGCACAGAGGUGUCUUGUGAGAGAGGAACUUCUACUGCCUUCAGUGGAGAAGUGUCCAUGGACAGUGGAUCUCUGUUGAUGUCAGAGAUUGUGGACAUCCCUGAUGACUCCUCCCCCUCUGACGAUUCCUGUCUGAUGGAGGUUGGGCUGAGGACACAGGGGCAGAGGGGCCACAGGAACGUUGGUGAGAUGGGAGACGACGGAGACGCGGGGGAGUACAUCGGCUACCGUGGCCCCCUGUCUCAGACACCGGAGAGUCCCCUGGCAGGAGGGCCGAGAGCCAGGCGCUUCCUCAGGGGAGAGCGAUCCAACUCCUGCUCUUCACCCAGCACGGCGACCAUCACAUACAGGUCUCCAGUUUUGCAUCGACAGGCCGUGCUGGCCAGCAGCUGUUCUCAGCUGGAAGCUAUAGCGAAAUCCACUUCUCCACAGCGAUCCUCAAUCCCUGAGUUUCGAGUUUUCCCCUCAACCUUUUUGCGCCAUGGAGCUACCCCGACCCCUUCCGCUACGCCUAUUUUAUCCCCCUCACCCGCCAGCGAGCAGAGCGGCGGUCCGGGUAACGGGCCACCCCUCCCGGGCCAACCGUUGUACCUUCGACACAGUGCCGGAAUGACUGAGAAGGACGGAGGGAGUGUGAGAAUCCUGCGUCUUGUGAGGUCACACAGUGAGCCAGGAGGCCUCGGCGUCUCGGCGGACACAGUUGACUUUGGCUCUGGAGGCAGCAAAGUAUCUAUAGACACAGGUCCUUCCUUUGAUGGGUGUCUGUUGCCCCGCACCUCCUUGCCUCCCGCUGCUGCUCUGCCAAGGAAGGGCGGCGUGAAAUCAGCAGCCACGGGGGGGCAGGUUCCCUCUAAAGCGCCCCCCACCUCACCACUGCGCUUACCUAAAGACUGCCACCGUUCCCUGGGGGACCUUAAAGUGACUCGCAGCCUGGUGGCUCGCUUCCUGCAGCGCUCCAAACGAAACCUGUCGCCCUCCUCGGAGCACGCUGGGAGCACUGGGCAGGGGCCUAAGAGGAGGAACGGAGUUGAGGACUCUGAUCACAACCACCUGCCCCUGGAUCAGGUGUUGCUGAACCCUUGGAGCGGCAGCCGAAGAUACCCCAACCAUCACACCCGUCACCCUCAUUGGCGUGGACACCACCAUUCCCACAGUGACAGUCGACACAACCGGCACCACAGCAGUCUGGCGCCGGAGGGGAUCCACCUGCGCAGCUGUGGCGAUUUAAGCUCCUCGUACUCGGCAUCACUGCGACGUUUGGCGACACCUCGUCCACCGCAUGGGUCAUCCGGAGCUCUUUACUCAGAGUCUGCACUGUGAGGAGAGAAGGAGGCACGGGGGAGGGGCCGAGGACGCUUACGGGACGACAAGGUUGUAAGGAUGAUUGGAUGAGGCAGGCCCGAGGAAAAGCAGAGUCUGUGUCGUGGAGAUGGUUUGAAAGUCUUCCCUCCUUUUCCUCUUCGUCACCUCCGUUUCCCUGAAGCCGACCGUGCAAAUGGCCUUAAUCAGUGGUGCUCUUUAUCACUCCGAACAUCAGCCCAAAGCUCACACUAUUAUGUCGACAUCAGUGAAACCAUCACCGGAUGCUAAUUUCCUAGCAGUGUGUUUCAACUGAAUAAAUCCGCUACUGGCCGAAAGAACCAACCAGAUACAACUUUCCGCUCUAUUCUGCAAUGGUAAUCUGGAGACGUAUUUCCCUCAAGACCUAAAGCAGAACUCAACCAUCGUUCAUGCUACAACAACCGAUAACUCAGAUGUAAAUUCAGUCCAUUGCAUAGUUAUGGGUUUCAAUAUGCUUCUGUCCCUUUUAUACAUUUCCAUUCACCCAAAGGAUCGCUCAGAGAAGUAUUAUAGAAACCCAUAGUUUGUCUUCUAUUGAUCGAACACUCAUUAGACAGAGUUGAUGUAAGAUAAACAGAUUAGGUUACACCCGAGGACAAGUGGUCUCACGUGGAAAGCCCCUAACUGAGUUGUACAUUUUUGUUGUUUUCUUCAUGCAAAUCAGAUCCAACUUUCUCCACGUUUUUCCACCUCCACACUGGCCUUAGAAAUAAGGCAGCCAGCAUUUUUAACUUUGACAUUGAUGCAUGCCACAGACACAUGCUAAGCGUUUGAAAUGUAUAUUCUGUGAGUGGCACCUGGACACAGUGGUUUGAUUUGCAUAUGUGCAUGUUUUGCUACAGCCUCCCGAAUACAGCAGGAGCCUUGUGCAUUGGACCUAACUACGUAACACGUCCUCAGAAUGUCUUAUCUGCAUGUUUUGACAAUGCUUCUUAUCAUUUCCCUCUUGCAUUUGAAAUGUGUUUGUGUCAAUAGAUAGCUGAAGAGGAAGGUCAGAGUCAAAGAUGCGCAGUGCUUCCAAAAGUAUUUUGCCAGAUGGCUUCAAACACAUCCUAGUUUGAUUUUGGGUGGGUUCGAAAAUGUUUCAAGUGCAAAGCAUGUCUGUGACACUGGCUAACUCAGCCUGAUCUUGUAAAAUAAGUGGCGUGAAUUUCACUGUGACCGAAGAGUCUCUUGCAGUUAAUGCACGGAUAAAUUAGUUAUGGGGUUGGGCUUCACACUAUGCUUUGGCAUGGUUCUCCUUGGACUUGAAGGGGUCGGGGGUUGGGUUAUUCAUGAGAACAAAGGCUGCUGAUUGUGAACAUGUGAUGGUUCUGGCAGCUCUUGGUACUGGGUUUGGAGUAUAUCAACAUUUAAAGUCGGAUUGGAGUUUUUCUUCGUUGGAAUUUUUAGUGAUGAUAUUGACUCGAUAAAGGCACAUUUUAGAUGUAUUUAUCAAAUUUUAAAAAUGCACAUGGACACAUAUUUGCAGGCACACCCAUACAAUCCCUUAUUAAGGCAUUGAGCUGUAUCUCUACCUCCUGUCUUGCAUUAAACAUUAUUUAUUAGAAUAAAUGUAUAUCUGUAUGUCAGGCCAGGCUAGAGCCUUGAAACCUGAAUAAUAAAUGUAUAAAUAUGACACGUAUUUCAGAUUUUAAAAUGCAGUAUCAAUGGCAAAACUUUUAAUGCAAGUAAUGUAUUUAAAAAUAUGAAAUAAAUGAUAGACAAAUAAAAGAC